AUGCCCAAUCCCCUCAUCACCUGCCUCUGGUUCGACGGCAACGCCGCGGAAGCGGCGGAAUACUACGUGUCCAUCUUCCCCGAUUCAAAAAUCACAGCCAGGCAGGUCUAUCCCCAAGGGGACAGCGAGCAGCACCGGUCCGCGGGCAGAGACCUCGCCGUCGAGUUUGAGCUCAACGGCCACAAGUUUGUCGGUCUCAACGGCGGGCCCAAGUUCAGGUUCAGCCCGGCCAUUUCGUUUCAAAUCAUUUGCGAUGAUCAGGCUGAAAUCGACUACUACUGGGAUAAGUUGAAGGAGGGGGGCGAUCCGGAAGCCCAGGUCUGCGCGUGGGUGGCGGACAAGUUUGGCGUCUCGUGGCAGGUUGUAUAUAAGAAGCUUCCCGACGUCUUGGCGGGCGAGGACAGGGCCAGGGCGAGCCGGGCCAUGGCCAAGAUGAUGGGGAUGAAGAAGCUGAUUGUUGAAGAGUUGGAAAAUGCGUAG